GAGCGUUAUGAUCCCGUCCAGCAGACCAUGAAGUUCUUACAUUCGAUAUCAGUCGGCUCCCUGCCUGAUAUGAUUGAGGUCACCAAAGACUGCCGCACGAUCAUAGCUGUCAUCGAAGGAGAACCAUAUAUGCAAGGGAAUCAACUUGUGGACCCAUUAGGUGGCGUUACCCUCAUUAGAUUCUCCUCUACUGAUUUGAGUGGGCAGUAUCAGACAAAGAGACUGGAUUUCUCAGGGUUCAGUGCAGCAGAAUAUGAAGCACGGGGCGUCCGAUUCAUUUAUAAGGAGAACGGAAACACGUUUGCACGUGACCUGGAGCCUGAAUACGUCACUCUGAAUGAGGAUGAGACCAUAGCGUAUAUAUGCAUACAGGAAAACAAUGCCAUAGCCACGGUUGAUAUCAGUAACUUUAACACCGCUCGGAUCACAGAACUGUAUCCCCUGGGAUACGCAGACUGGUCUCAAUCCACGCUGGACGCCAGCGAUAGAGACAAUAGUAUAAACAUGAAGAGUUGGGAUGUGUACGGAAUGUACCAGCCAGAUACCAUCAAAUACUUCAAACUGAACAACCAGCCUUAUCUAGUGACAAUGAACGAGGGUGAUGCCAAAGACUACGAUUCCUGGUCUGAAGAGAUGAGGGGGCAGGACUUUUUAUUAAAUAACAUGGUAGACGAUGACGCUGUAGACCCGGUUUUCAAGGACAACUUGGCUGUUGUUACAGCUUUGGGACGUUUGAAGUUCAGCACAGCCUCCGGAAAGACACCAGGGAGCGAGAAAUACUCGUCGUUCUAUGCCUUUGGGUCACGUGGUUUCAGUUUCCGGUCGGCUACGGACAUGAGCCUCGUUUGGGAUAGUACGAAUGCCAUGGAAACCGUGAUGAAAAACAACAUGGCUAAUAUUUUUAAUGCGAACGCUAACGAUGGGAAAGACCCUGUGGUGUCAACUUUCGACAAGAGAUCGGAUGACAAGGGCCCGGAGACAGAAGCUGGUGACGUGGGCACGAUCGGUUCUGACACUGUUUUCUUCAUUGGUAACGAGAGAACGGGAACAAUCGCGAUCUAUUCCGUGAAACACGACCUGACCAAUCCGGUGUUCCACAGCAUAAACUACGGCGGGAACCUGACCAUGUCUGACAGCUGGGAAUAUCAAUACAACGUGAGGAGGAUCGGGGAUAUGGACCCUGAGGACAUUAAGUUCAUCUCGGCCCGUGACAGCCCACUCCUGGGACAGGACCUGUUGGUUGUGACAGGAGCCGUGAGCGGUACACUCGCUGUAUACGCUGUGAUAGACGACGACGGUACUGGUACGGCCGACCCCAUGGACGUUUUGCUCAGGAAACUUUUCGACAAUGGCGACGGCGACUCAGACGAAUUCAUUUCCAAGAUGGAAUUUCGGACAUUCAUCGUGGGGAGCGCUGAUUUGAACGGUUUGUGUGUUUAG